UAGUUUAUAAUAAAGAUGUAAACAAUGGGAACUGGUUAUGAAAACGGAGAUUCUUGGCGAUUAAUUAAUGUAAAUUAGUCCAUUAUAAGUACUUCCUAGGUCGAAAUUACGUUUUGUUUAUUUGGUUUGUUUGGUGUCAGCAUGAAGUAAAAAAAUGUUAUUGUGAAAUAUGUACCAACGCGUUUAGUGACCCACAGAAUAACAAAAUAAAUAAUAAUUAAAAACACUCGACGAUAGACAAAAUAAUUAGGGCUUUUGUCGAAACAUUUAACGGAAUCGUCCGAAAUCAAACGCGCCUGUACUAUUGGUCGAAAAAUAAAUCCGAUACUCAACGGAUUUGCAGGUGCGCUAAAACCCGUUGAUUUGAUUGGUCGAAACGGCGUAGUUAUUAAUAUCGCGAGAGCGCGAACUUUGACAUUCGAACUGCAAAACAAAAACAGCAAACAUGUACGCAAUUCUAUAUUGGGAAGACUCGACAUUUUCAGUAGUUGCUUUGAGCGGUAUUUUGUCGCCUAGGAAAGAGGUGAAUGAGUAUGCUAUCGGCGACGUGGUGCAGGCGAAGUUUCAAGGAAAAGUUUAUUCUGCUAAGAUUUACGAAAUUGGAGAAAACAGGGCAAGUCUCAACAAGAGCCUCAGUGUGGGCUUUAAGAUUGAUUUGACAAGAAUUGCGCCAAGUGCCUGUAUCCAGCCUAUGCAUCCCAGACUGACACCCGAAGAUGCUGCCAAAGAAGACAAAACAGACGGACCAACCAAAAGGAAGCGCCAUCGCUCAGUCCCAAGUAAAGCACAAGAGGAUGUUGCCAACAAAGAUGAGCCCACCAAAAAGCGACACCGUUCGGAUAUGAAUGUUGGGCAGUCUUCGGACCCUCUUGUUGAACAGGCGCGCCAGAUGUUACUUAUGCGUCGACAGACGACACUGCCAGUUGCCCCACCACCUGCGACACUUCCAAUUGCCCCACCACCUGCCACACUGCCAGUUGCCCCACCACCUGCGACACUGCCAGUUGCCCCACCACCUGCGACACUGCCAGUUGCCCCACCACCUGCGACACUGCCAGUUGCCCUACCACCUGCCACACUGGAGGUUGCCCCACCACCUGCCACACUGCCAAAUGCCCCACCACGUGCGAUCCUGGCACCUGAGGCUUUGAUGCUUCCAGCUGUGACACUGGUACCAGAGACUCCACCCGUGGUCCCUGCAAUUUUGGCGCCAUCACACGCAAACCCGGCACAAGUGACAUGGGCACCACAAGAAACAACAUACAUGGGAUUGGAGUAUGGACCACCCCCACCGACAGCAAGGCCCAUAUCAUUUUUGGAGAUGAUGGAAGAGCCAUUUAUCAAUGAUGAGAUUACUCAGCAGAGUUUUGGUGGGCCAGUCUCGUGCCACAGCUGCUGUCAACUAAUGGAGCAGCUGCAGACAAGGGUUGCUCAGCUGGAGAAUGAGAUUCAACGACGAGCAAACAGCCCUCCUUCAAAAUCACCGAUGUGUGCAACACCUUCUAGACGACCUGUUGUGGCGUCAACACCUGCCAGGGAACCACUUGGAAACAUUACUGUUGGGAACAACAGCAUGUUACAGAUGCUUUAG